AGUUUAUUUGUAUUGUUUUGUCGAUUUUGACAUGCUCCUAGUUUGCAGCCAUAUUUCGAUAUGUUCUACAGGGAGUUCAGAAUUAUUUCAGGACCAAUCUUUUCCUCGUUCAUUUUCCCGUCGAUCAUGAAAUUUUUAGAGCGGAACAAUUAGUUUCCAGGCGGUCCGAGCGGUUUUCGUGAGAAGGGUGCAAAAAUCGGCGUCAUUUUUAGAGCCUCGACACCAGCUCAACACAGGACCCUAUGGGAGACGGUGAAGUAGCGGAAGCAAUAAAUAGAGCGCUCUAAUUUUAGCUUAUUUCCCUGUAGUGUCACCGACUGCUAUCGCUGUUGUAUUUGCGCUGUGUAUUUUGAUUUGAGCAAGAUACCUAUAUUGAUAUUUGAGCGUCCUAUUCAGCAUUGGGGGUACUACGGAUUGUGCGUUGAGUUAUGUGAUUACAUUUGACAAUGGAGUUGCUGCGUUCUGAUCUUUUCAAAACUGGUAAAUUUGACAACAUCAUCAUCAACUUCACUGAAAGCGAGGUUCUCUGCAGAACGAACGUCAACAAUGAAGAAGAACUUGCAACUUGGAAAGAGCUCUUCUGUCGUGCUUCACAGACCUCACUGAAUGUAGUAUACACUAGACAUCCAAGUGGUGAACGUAUAUUUUUCAGUCAGAAGCUGGUGUGUCAGUUUGCUGUCAAAAGACACAAGGGAGUGAAGAAGCACAGCACAGGAUGCCCCUUCAGGAUGCAUAUCCAGAUCAAGAGAGCAAGUGAGCGAAAGGUGAAAGACGACGCAUUGCUAAGCACUCAUCCAUGCGUAAUCGUCCUUACCGGAGAACACAACCAUACCGAAUGUGCGAAGUCGCUCAAAGAGCUUCGAGUGCUCCCUCAGGUGGAAAAGGAGUUCUUUGAAUACUUUCGACGAGGCAUGCGCGUACCAGAGGCGCAAAGAUACCAUCGCCUGAAGAUGGGUCUGGGUUCGGAGUUCUGCACGGAAGAAGACCGCGGCGACAUGAAUCCGUCGCUCCGAGCCGUCGCCUACAUGCAACGGAAGUGGGCAAAAGCAACUGCUGGAGGCUGCAACGACGAAGACAUGCUCGCCGCGCUGGAUAGAUACGCAGCUACCACCAAUAGUGUGAUCGAAGUUGAGAGAAGCAGCUCGGGCUCCUUCUGUGUGGCUCUCGUGUCGCCGUUCAUGGAGCGCGUCCAUGCCCUCCGAGAGGCUGGAGAGGUGGUGUUUGUUGACGCCACAACUUCUGUCGACCGUCUCAACACCGCCAUCGUGCCACUGCUCUGCUGCAGCCCUGCCGGAGCCCUGCCUUUGGGAGUGGUGUUCUCCUCUUCUCAAGACGAGGCUCAACUGACAACAGGCUUCAGGCUGCUCCAGAAGGCUGUCGGCCAUGCAGCCUUCAAUGGACGUGGGCAUCCUUCAGCGUUCGUCACGGAUAACUGCGAUGCAGAACGAAGGGCUCUGCGGACCGUCUGGCCUGAAGCCGAACAGUUUCUCAGCAUUGCCCAUGUGCUGCAGGAGGUCUGGAGGUGGCUCCUCGACCCCAUGCAUGGCGUCCCGAGGGACCAACGUCAGGAGCUGAUGGGCGUCGUGCGGAAACUGGUGUAUGCGGAAAGCCCAGAACGCUUCCAGGCUCUGUUGGCUGCAGAACACGUAGCCCAUCAAGGUUUCGCCAGGUACAUGGAGGGCCUCUUCGAAAGGCGCGCUGAAUGGGCGAUCGCGUGCCGCCAAGCAUCCGCCCUUCGAGGGAACCUUACCAACAACUAUGUGGAGGCCACGAUGCGCAUCAUCAAAGACAUCGUCAUGAAAAGGUGUAAAGCACGCAACUCAUGCGAGCUUGUCAUGAUCAUGGACGAGAUCUACAACGGCUACAUGGUACAGCGCCUGAUCGACUUCGCUCUCGACCGUCGCCAAAGCAAACGUUUGGCACCACCUACCAUGAACGAGACUUCUAUCACCAGAGUAGACGACCACCACUUCCGCGUGACGUGCGAAUCGGACCCGAACGUCAUAUACAAUGUGGCUAUGGACUUGGGAGUCUGCUCGUGCCCUCAGGGACAAUCGGAUGGCAUCUGCAAGCAUCAACUGGCCUGCUCUCAUGUGAGAAACAUGACCCUGCCACAGGCCUUCAACCCCAUGACUGCCGAGAACCGACGCUGGCUGAUGUGCCUGGCGUUGGGUGAGGAUAAAGCUUCAGACGCUGGCUUCGUGGCAGAAUCGUCAGGUGCGCCAACCAGCGAGAGAGGGGCCACGGUGCCCACUCUUCUGCCUCCGUCAGGUGACGACUCGGGCCACUCAGGUGAAGAGGCAGGCGCUGCAAUUUGGGACGAUGACGACCUCGAUGCUGUUGAGUGUGUUGUUGCAGGAUUGUCCUCGUCAGCGAACGCCUCCGAGACAGACAAAGUGGGCCCGUCCGAGCUUCAACAAGGCUCACCAGUCGGGCAGAAACCAUCGACGGAGCUGAUCGACAGCUAUCUGUCGACCAUGCGGCGUGUGCUUCUCAAGUACGGGGACGGACAAACGAGCAGUGCGCUAGUCAGGGCGAUUGGCACGGUGGCUGCUCUGAAGACGAGCAACGAGCUGAACGGCUAUCUGCAGUCAGCUGAACCGCCCUCAGAGUGCCUGAGCAGUGGUUGUGCUGCGCGAGGCAGCAUCCGGCCCACCGCAUUCAGUCGGUGGCCUGAAGACCGGCCGUUUGGCGCCGGUCUGGGCGGGGGGCGGCGCCUGCGGAGCAGCCGCGGAGCCGCCCCACCUGCGAAGCGUCCCAGGUCUAAUGUUGACGUUGUCAUUGAGAGCGUAGCCAGUGGAAAGGCGCUUGGUUCUGGUCAGUAAUACGAAACUCGACGCCACCAAUGGGCGACAGCACGCGGUAAAUGCUGGAUAUGACUGUGUGCAUAUGCAAACGCCUUUCAUGAGACUGUGACUGUGUUCAGCAGCAUGUAUAAUGGAUAUGUGUCUUGUCUUACAAUUGUGUUUGUUACUGUACAAAUGUUUCAUGUCUUGCACGUUAUGUGUAUUGUGUAUGAAGGGGCCUCAGGACUGCUGGUGAAGCUGCAUGCUCACAUUGGGCUACAAUUGAUUUAGCUGUCCAUAUAUCUUGUCUAAUCGAUAAAAUAAUCUAGGAAUCCAUCGUCUUUCGAUGUGCGUUUCAUUAUAACUCUAGCGUUUUCACCCUCCAACGAUUUGCUUUCACCAAUAUCGUCAGCAUCGCAACAAAGUUGGUAAUUCGGGUAUAGACUGCAACCAUUUCUUUUGCAACAUAUUCUCAUUAGAUAAUAUGUUGCAUAUUCUCGUACUUACCUUAUAUCGCAUAGGUAUUCUCAUACUUACUUUGGAUGUCUUAGGCUUACUCCAUUGCGAAUGUAAAAAAGUG